GGUCACGUGAUCCGAUUCCGGAAACGAGUCAGCAGCAGACGUCCCAUAUUCAUUCUCUUGCCCCAAACUUGAACAAUUACAGUACGAAGAGUAAACAACCCUCUUUUGUAACCCACCGGAACCAAAUAAAUAUAUACACAUGUGUAUAUAUUUUCAAACAUAAACAUGUCAGCGAGGGAACAGCAUGACAACCCAGAUGAGAGCCACCCCGCCGGCUACUACGGCUCCACGGAUGACAGUGGGGAACACGAGCCUCCGGACAGCAACCGCUGCAACCACCACAGCAACCACCAGUUCCCCAGCGCCAUGACGGCCCAGUGGGUGAGCGCCGACCACGGCGAGGAGGCCAUUCGCAGGAAGCUGAAGUACUUCUUCAUGAGCCCCUGCGAUAAGUUCCACGCCAAGGGUCGUAAACCUUACAAGCUCAUCCUGCAACUGCUCAAGAUCAUCAUCGUCACAGCCCAGUUGGUGCUGUUUGGCCUCAGCAACCAAGUGGUGGUGACCUUCAAGGAGGAGAACACCGUGACCUUCAAGUACCUCUUCCUCAAAGACUUUGACGAGUCAUCAGACAGCUCUUUUGCCGUGUACACGCAACAGGAUGUCUACGAGCACAUUUUCUACGCUGUGGACCAGUAUCUGGCCCUGCCAGAGACCACCGUGGGCCGCUACGCGUACGUGUACGGCGUCGGCGUGAACGGCAGCGCACUGUCCCUCUGCCAGCAGUACUACAAGAGGGGCCGCAUCGACCCGGCCAAUGACACCUUCAGCAUUGACCCGCACAUCAUCACAGACUGCGUAGGAGUGAACCCUCUGUCUGUGCCUCCCGCGCCGCUCACCAGCUCCUACAAGAACUUUACACUCAAGUUCCACAAGUUUAUAAACGUCACCAUCGAGUUUCAGCUGAAGGCCAUCAAUGUGCAGACCAUCAUCAACAAUGAGAUCCCCGAUUGCUACACUUUUAAUAUCAAGAUCGUGCUUGACAACAAGGCUCACAGCGGCAAAGUGAAGAUACGACUGGAGAACCAAGCUUCCAUAAAGGAGUGCAAAGACCCCAGCGUGUCUGGACAUGCUGAGAAUUACACCCGCGUGGCGUUCGAUGUCGCCGUGGCCCUUGUGUGCACGCUAUCGUUGUUGCUGUGUGGGCGCUCCAUCCUACGUGGCAUCGUGCUCCAACAGGAGUUUGUGCGGUUCUUUAAGGAGAAUCUGAAUCGCAAAGUGUGCUGGGGCGACCGUCUGGAGUUCAUCAAUGGCUGGUACAUCCUCCUCAUUGUCAGCGACAUCCUCACCAUCACCGGAAGUGUCAUCAAGAUUGGCAUUGAGUCCAAGAAUAUGUCUUCCUAUGAUCUAUGCGGCAUCCUCUUGGGGACCUCCACCCUCCUGGUGUGGGUGGGAGUCAUCCGCUACCUCACCUUCUUCCAGAAGUACAACAUCCUGAUCGUAACUCUUCGAGCAGCCUUCCCCAACGUGAUCCGCUUCUGCUGCUGUGUGGCCGUCAUAUAUUUGGGCUACUGCUUCUGCGGCUGGAUUGUGCUGGGACCGUACCAUGUGAAGUUCCGCUCCCUAUCCAUGGUGUCGGAAUGCCUCUUCUCCCUCAUCAAUGGCGACGACAUGUUCGUGACCUUCUCAGGAAUGCAGGAGAGCAGCACUCUGGUGUGGCUCUUCAGCCAAGUGUACCUGUACACCUUCAUCUCGCUCUUCAUCUACAUGGUGCUGUCGCUCUUCAUCGCGCUCAUCACCGGAGCCUACGAGGCCAUCAAGCAUCAGACCCAGGAGCCCAUUCACAUCACAGACCUGCAUGCUUUCAUAGCUGAGUGCACCGAUGCGCCAAACUCCGGCAAGUUCAGGGGCCUGGAGACAUCGCCGUGCUCCUUUUUCUGCUGCUGUGACAGGAUGACAACAUAUGAGGACGUCCUGCUGGUGAACUGAGGAAGAAUUCGGUUCAACUUACAAGAAGUCCCCUCUGGAACAAGCCUUUUUUUUCCUGGCACUUGACUGAAGGAGGAGGCGUCAAUCAGUUGGACCAGGAUUUUCCAAUGAGGAAUGCACGUCAUGGAUUCAUCAGGAACAAGGUGCCUUGUGGGAAGGUGAAAGCACACAUAUUUAUUUAAUGGGCCUUGUGUCAGGCCAGCUCAGUGUUUUUUAGAUUUUUCAUCUUUUUAAAAUUUACAUUCACAAGAAAAUAUGUUUCAACCUGCUAGUUUAUUAGCAGAUUUCAAGCCGAUCACUACGCACGAAACUUUGAGGCUGAUCCAGUUUGACUGCGGCCUCGGAGGAAAUGGCCUCUACACGGUAUGCCUGUUAAGUGUUCUCACGUUUGAACCAGAACCAUCACUUGAGACUUUUUUUUCCCUACUUUUUGGAUUUCAAAUUUAUACUAAGGAAGAAGGAUUACCUCGCUGGACCAUAACUCGCUAUUUGAAACAUUUAAUCAUCGAAAUACUUAAGAUAGAGGCAUAAACAAGAGAGCAAUGGAGAGUAUAGCUUAUGAAGGGUGCAUCCAAAGUAGAAUUUACUAUGAUUUUUCUUUCUCUGACUUUGAUGGUUACAGUUUAGAACAAACACACUCGGAAGACAUUUUAUUUUUGAUGUAAAAUGGAUUCGUUUCAUCACUCUGUAUCAUUUGAGUUUUUAACUUUUUAAAUUAAACUCCUGAAAUAAAUUUGAGAUGCACCCGCAUUAUAAAAAAUUUAAAGCCCCAAAUUGGGUGUCAUUUUUUUUUAAUCUAUUUUUUUACUUUCUUGUUGAGAAUCUCAGGUUGCACUUAGAAUAGGCUGCAAUAGCAUCAUAUUUUCAUUAUGGUUGCUCUCAUAGAUUUUGCAUGAUGUACUCACAAAUUCAUAAAGCACUUGCUGUUCGAUCAUUCUUACUCAACAAAGAAACUGCUCUUUAUUUUGACAUGAGAUUUCUACAGGAAACAAUUUGGCACAUUUUGGAAGGCAAACUUGAAGCAACCAACAGAUUAACUAAUGUAUAGCAAUUCGCUGUACACUAUGUGGUCCUCCUGCACCCCCCUCCCCCACCCCCAGCUCCCACCCCUAAGUAUGCUCUUGUCCACAUUAUGGCUGUUUUUCUAUUACGUUUUGUAUUUCAUGAAACGCACAAUCGUCAAAAGAUUACUUUCGUUCGGAUGACCUUCAUUCAUUUGUAUUCAACAAUCACUUCAGUGAAAUGUUGAGAAACGUGUGAAAUUUAGCCCUAAUGGAUAUAUUAUACAUACCUGUAUGUCUAUAAUAUAUCAUACUGUAGAAGAUAUUAGGCACGUGCCUUUACACUGUCAUGUUUUUUUUUUAAAAUACGGUACCCAUAUUCUACACUUGAUCACUACUUGGCAAAAUGUAAACGAGUAGAAACAUGAUAUCUUGUACACAUGUUGCUGAUUAAAGUGUCCUGGAUCACC